GCAGUGGCCAGGUUGGCUUCUCAUUACUGGCAGUUGCUUCUCACCGGGGCCUUCGGGACUUCCUUUUCAAAGGAUGGAUUCGGGCCGCUAUCACUGAAGGGGGCUGUAGGGUUUCGCCGUGGACACGUGAUGGUGAAGCACCAUGGUAGGGAGUUCAGUGCUGACUUUCCUGCCAGGUGAUUGUCGGUCUCUGGGCUGCUAGAUCUACUUCCUGGAUGCGUUAAGAUUCCUGUGUGUGAAAAAUGAGGGCCUGGAUCACCAUGGUUUGCUGUUUAAUGGUUUUUCUGACAAUAGAAUGUUCUCAUUCCAAACCCAAGAUUCACAGAAAAGAUGAAGAUAAAUUUCAAAUAUCUCUACAGAAGCAUGAGUUUAGGCCAAUACAAGGUAAAUGUGAUGGACCAUGCAGCUCUUCUUCCAGCUGUAACCAGAGCUGUCCUUGGAACUUCCGUGGAGAAAUCGUAUUCACAUGUAACCAAAACAAAUGGCAAAAAACAAUCGAAACAUGCACCAGUCUCUCUGUGGAGGCCUUGUUUCAGCACACACAUCCUGCAACUAGCCUAUCCUUGGCAUCAUCUUCUGUUUUCCCCAUGAACUUAAUUGGCAAUACAGAACCAGUCCGUAUUAGGAAUGUAUCUCAAGGAAUCCGAAAGUACUGCCCUGAGGACUAUGUCUGCAUCGUCGAUGCUGUGAAAUCCUCUGUAGUUACAUCUGGAAAUAUUGCAUUCAUAGUCGAGUUAUUAAAAAAUAUCUCUUCAGACUGGCAAACCUCUGGGAUACAUGGUAGUGUGACUUGGAAGAAAAUGAAGAACUGUGGAAAAAUGGCCAACCACAUCCUCGGUCCCACUGCCAUUUCAAACUGGGCUUUCAUUCCCAACAAAAAUGCCAGCUCAGAUCUGUUGGAGUCAGUGAACUCUUUUGCCAAGAAACUCCAAAUCCAAGGAAAAUCCGAGAGCAUUGUAGAUGAACUCUUCAUUCAGACGAAAGGCGCUCGUAUCUCUCACGGUACCUCAGAGAACAGCCUCAGCCUCUCUGUUCCCAGGUACAACGCUACAGAAGAUGUCUUAGUGGUGAUCGAAAUUCCUAGGCAAGCAUUACAGGAGCUGCCGUCCAAUGCCUCCCAAGCCAUUGCCACAGCUUUUCCAUCCUUGGGGGCCAUUCUAAAAGAAAUCCAUCCGCCAAAUACGAGUCUCCAAAAGCCCAUAAAUGACCUGAUCCUAUCACUGGUUUUGCCAGAAGGUCUGAAUGAAAUCAUACUCACCUUUGAUAAAAUCAAUAAAUCCCAGAGCACCAGCAGCCAGUGUGUCAGCUGGGAUCCUGACAAAAGGCAGUGGGAUGAGAGCCCGUGUACAGUGAUGUCAGACAUCAACAGCACAGUGAAAUGUCGGUGCAGGCACACCAAAGCUGUGGUGUCCUUCUCUAUUCUCAUGUCUUCUAAGCCUAUGAAGGACAUGAUUCUGAACUAUAUCACCUUCAUCGGACUCAGCGUCUCCAUCUUUAGCUUGGUGCUCUGCCUGGUCAUCGAAGCCAUCGUUUGGUCUCGUGUGGUUGUGACAGAGAUAUCCUACAUGCGCCAUGUAUGCAUCGUGAACAUCGCUGUGUCCCUCCUGACUGCAAAUGUGUGGUUCAUCAUUGGCUCCAACUUCAGCGCCAAUGCUCAGGAGGAUCACAAGUGGUGUGUGGCUGUGACAUUUUUCUGCCACUUCUUCUUCCUCUCCCUGUUCUUCUGGAUGCUCUUCAAAGCCCUGCUCAUAGUCUACGGCAUACUGGUCGUUUUCCGCAGGAUGAUGAAGUCUCGGAUGAUGGCCAUUGGCUUUGUCAUUGGCUAUGGGUGUCCCCUUGUGAUCUCAGUCAUUACAGUUACUGUCACAGAGCCUGGGGAAGGCUACACCAGAAAAGAUGCCUGUUGGCUUAAUUGGAACCAAACCAAAGCCCUUUUUGCUUUUGCCAUCCCAGCUUUGGCCAUUGUGGCUGUGAAUCUCCUUGUGGUUCUGACAGUUGCUAUUAACACACAGAGGCCCUUGAUUGGCAGUUCAAAAUCUCAGGAUAUGGCUAUCAUUUUCAGGAUUAGCAAAAAUGUUGCCAUCCUCACCCCACUUCUGGGACUGACCUGGGGUUUUGGUCUAACAACCCUGCUAGAAGGCACACACUUAGUAUUCCAUAUAAUCUUCGCCUUGCUCAAUGCUUUCCAGGGCUUUUUCAUCUUGCUGUUUGGUACCAUUAUGGAUCACAAGAUAAGGGAUGCUCUGAGGAUGAGGGUAUCUUCAUUGAAGGGGAAAUCGAGGGCAGCAGAGAAGGUGUCAUUAAGUCCAGCAAAUGGAUCCAGAAUACUGAAUCGCUGAGACUAAAAUAGAUGCCUUGCUUGCUGGAAUGGAGAGGGCUCCAGGAGAAGGAUGUACAAACGUCCCUGGAAUGAAGCAACAUCCUCUUCCUGCCGGGAGCACCACCUAAGUUGGAAAACUAGCUGAGGCACACAGUGGAUGAGUGGGCUUUUAAAAAGACUGACCCACUACCUCUAACCUCAGAAGGGCUGACUUUUUGUUCACUUUAGCAUUUCACAUCCAGCUGCAAAUUAUCCUACUGUUUCCUUGGCGAGCCCAUGGCUUGUGGGCAGACUGUGGAGUUGUCUACGUUCAGUCACCCGUCUCCAGGCUUCUUUGUGGCUCUGGAAUCAGACAUCCUCCCCCAUGAAAGGAUCCUGGGUAUUGGGGACGGUGUGUGUGUGUGUGUCUCAGGUCAGAUUCAGUAUCAGUGGUGGGGUUGGAUGUCAAAUGUGAGAGAUACUGUAUCUACUUUGCAGUUUGUCCAUGGUAUGUUUCCCAAAGAUAAGGAAUGACCAAUGGGCAGGUGUUCAGGGCACUUACUAUUGUAAUCCUUGAGUAAAACAACCUGGCUUGUAGGGUCUUAGCUUCUUUACUUGUGAGACUGACACAAUGUUUCAAGUCUUACUAUUUAUGUGUUUUUGACUGUUUCUUUUUAAACAACUGUAAAUAAAGAUGUUUUGGGGUGUUAUUUUAGAAAUAAAAAUAAGAUACAUUUACUUUCCCGAA